CUUAACUGCUAUCCUCCUUGAUCCCUUUCUAUUAUGCUUUUCGAAACUUAUGUUUCUGUCUAGCACUUACUCUGACGUCCGUUAGGAAACACUAUACACAGCAUGCCUAAACGCAGUGAAAGACACCCGUACGAGCUGGUUGAUAGGAUCCAUUAUGCUCUAUACUGACAAAUAUUAGGUAUCUAGAAGGCAAUUAUGCCCCGAUAAGAACCACCCUCUCCUCUGUCCCUUGUAAAUUCCAAGGGUCGAUCCCUGACGAGUUCAUCGGUGGUCAAUAUGUCCGCAACGGCAGCAAUCCACUGGCAGAUGACAACAGUCACGGCGAUCUCCACUGGUUUGAUGGAGACGGAAUGUUGACGGGUGUUUUCUUUCAACGGAUCGCUGGCUGCCAGAGAGCGCGACCGCUAUUUACCAACCAAUAUGUUCUGACCGAUGUCUACUGUGCCACGAGAAAGAACCAAGCCCUUUACCCUAUUAUACCGAGCAUGGCGACGUUGGUCGACCCCAAUCCAUCUCGGUUCCAAAUAAUGUUUGAGAUGCUCCGUACCUAUGUAAUUGUGUUUGCGUCUCUUCUGAAGUUGAUCGCUCGCCCAAUAAAGAGGGUAGGAGCCGCGAAUACCAAUAUCGUUCAUCAUGAUGGGCGAGUGCUGGCAACGAAUGAGAUCGGGCCUCCAAUGAGGGUCCUUCUGCCGUCGCUAGAGACAGUUGGAUGGUUCACGGGCUCUUGUGCAGAAGGCGAAGGAAAGUUCGCAGAUGACAGCGCAUGCGAGCCCUACUUUGGAGGAAAGGGCAUCGAGGGUUUCUACAAGGAAAUGACCACGGCACAUGUUAGUAUGACAUGCAUGAUUUAGUAGCAGAAAGCCGAGACUGAUGGAGCAUUGUCCUCCCAGCCGCGUGUGGACCACGAAACAGGGGAGAUGGUUCUUUUCCACUCCACGUUCCUGCCCCCGUUCAUUCAAUAUUCCAUC